AUGGUCAAAUACACCAGCACGAUCUUGGCUUCGGCCGCCCUGGCAACCACCGUUGUCGCCAGCGACCCGGUCUGCAGCGUCGUCACCGAGGUCAUCACCGGUGAAUGGGAAUGGAUUGCCGACCCAACAUGGGCCGACUGGACCACCGCGACCACCACGACCACCAAGAAGCCCGCGGUCACAACCACCACCACGUUUGACCCAGCUUGGUUGGACUGGACCACCACGACCACGACCACGACCCCCGUCGACCCAACCUGGCUCGACUGGACUACCACCACGACCACCACCAAGAAGCCCGCAGUCACCACCACGACCACCUAUGUUGACCCAACUUGGUUGGACUGGACCACCACUACCACUACCACCACGACCACCUACGUUGACCCCACCUGGUUGGACUGGACCUCGAGCUCGGCGGCCACGACCACCACGACACCCGCACCAGUUUACACCACCACCACCACUACCCCCGGUGUCGUGACCACCACCACCACGACCACUGUGGCCCCUCCCCCGUCUGCCACCUGCCCUGCAGACAACGGCGCGACCGUCCCCGGCGCCGGGUCGUGCGAAUGCGAGUACCAGGUCAACUGCAACGUCCAUGCCGACACCUCGACCAACCCUACAUUCUGGCAAACCACUGGCACCGUUGAUACGCUCCAGGCCUGCUUGGACAUUUGCGACAACAACAGCCUCUGCACUGCCACCAUCUGGUGCGACGACAGCUCCCAGUGCGGCAGCGACUACCACGUUUGCUGGCAGACAAGCGGCCUCGGUGGCGUUGCCGGCGCUGGUUAUGGCCAGGUCUCGUACAAGAGCUCUUGCAAGGGCAGCUGCUCUUCGUCUUACAACUCUUAA